AUGGACAAGAUUAUUGGCAAGGACAGAGUGGUUUGCGGAUUGAAGCUGAGGCAAGGAAAUGGAUAUAUUGUCGAGCGUCCCCUGCAACAUGUGUGUAACUUGGAAACUGGAGGAGAGAAUCCUGAUUACAAGCUUAACCCUGAAGCAGAAGUGUUCGUACCAAGAGUGAGGCCAAGCAGAAGGACCAAACAGAUUGUCAAUAAGCUGUUCAAAGACUGUUGCACAAGAAGUUGAAGAUGGUGACUGGCAUUUAAGCUGAUAAACGCUUAAAUGGGGAGAGGGUGUUGAGAACGUUUUGAACCAUUCGUGACUGUUAUAGGAAGUCUAUUUGCCUAUCCUCGUUUUGAGUAGCACCUUUACUCACAGCUCGUGGUUUUCGAGUGCUUUCCUGAAAAAACGUGUUGUUUGGUUUGACGUUUUCAUCAUUACUUGUUCUUGAGGAUAGGAUUAUCCACAUUAAAAGUGGUGAGAUUUCGGAACUAUUUGGCGUGUUCUUAAUUUUCCAAACGAGAGCGUUUGGUGCAUACGAACUUAACGUACUCGUAAAGUUUUCACAAGAACAGAUUUAUCAGCAGAUAAAAGAAGAAUAUUCUCGGAGGUUGACUUCAAAUGAAAUGAAAACCGAUCCAAACAAGAUACCGCAUGACCCUUGGAUUGAUAACGUGAUGACGUAAAUUGUUUAGUAACACUUUGAGUACAAAAGCUGUUGAUGUGGAAUAAAUUGGAAAAUACAAAGACCACAAAGCUUACUCGUAUUGGAUGAGUGGCUUUGAGGACACAGUCUUGUUUACAAAAUGCCCCGUUGACAGCAAGCAUGUGUUUUUAAAAGGCUGUAUGUCACAUUCACAAAAAAUUCGCAAUGACCCGCUCAAGGCCUGUGUAUGUUUCGAGGGCACAAAGAAUGACGGUAAAAUUGUGACUUAAUGGUGUACAUUUACAGCUGGUACUGCUGAAGUCUGCAGCCAUCUAGUCACUUUGAUGUACAAAGUCAACUUUGCAUACAAGAAAACAUACAUCUCUUCCGCAUGCACAAGACAGUGUUGCACAGGGAUGGAAUAAAGGGACAAAAAAGGAUGUAGAGCCAAACCACAUUAAAAUCUUUGUCUUUCGUAAAGACAAAAGGACACAAGAGGACAGUGCCAGAGAUCAUCGGGACAAUUUAAAUGUCAAGAACCAGUUUAACCCAAGGAGACCGCAGGAUAGGCAGCUGACCAAUGAGAGGGUAUCAUCCCUGAUCAAUCACAUUAUUCAAAACAUUCCAUCAACUUGUGCACUUAACUCCAUAGGGCACACAAAAGAUGACAGUCUCCCUGAACUCCUCCUCAAUUUUUUCAUGUCAUCUGAAGAAAUGAAAGGGAAUUUGUUGAGGCCAAGUGUUCUUACACUGUACGAAAUGAGAAUAUUUAUGUCAAGGACACAUUCGACCGAGUCGACUUCCUUGAAGAUUUCCAUUGAAACCCCG